UCAAAGAUGUAGCUAUGGUAAUGGCACUACUCUCUUGGUUUUCAAGGUAUUGGCGUACGGACGUACAGAUGGACAUACGCACUACCAAAAGUUUUGAGAUCGAUGGGUUACCAAAUUUUCUAAGGUAUGGGGCUUGCUUGCGCGCCUUCUGCACGUAGGAUCUCUGCUAUGAAACCAGAAGGCGGAAAAUUUGCCACCCUCCUGCUGUGUUAGAGCAGGAAAAGUCCCACAUUUACUUGGCUCUUCUCUAUUCUAAGCAAGAAAGACCUUCAAUUUGCUUCCUCCUGCCCCUCCCCCCUCUGAGUACCUUCUCCCCCCUCCCUAGAUGGGAUGCUAGCCACCAGUUUGCUGACUGUUUUUGUGCCAUUCACACACACCAACUUGAAGGCCACUUUACAAAACCUGUUGGUGGCAGCAUCUAUUUCUGCUCACAGACAACACUUUUGCUGCUAUCAUUUGCCUUGCCUCAUGUUUUAACCUUCAAAUUCUCAGAAUAUGUUCCUUGUCACUAAUGAGGCAUGGGAGGCUGAAAGCAGAGCACAAAUUCAAAUGCUUGCUUUCAAGGGGGUUGUUAACCUUGAUGGUGAUGCGCCAUGUGAUAGUCCAGGCCAUUCUUCAAAGUAUGGAACAUAUACUUUAAUGGAUGAUGACACUGGCAAUGUAGUGACAUUUGAUGUGCUACAAGUCACUGAUGCAUCGAUCUCAAAUGCACUAUGGAGAAGGAAGGCUUUUCCAGGAACACAGAAAUGCUUCAAAGUAAGGAUGUUACCAUUGGCAAGAUUGCAAGAGACUGUUAUGUGGUUAAUCAGCAGUUGCAUAGCCAACAGUGAGGAUCACCUACACAUCACUCAUCAGUAUGAUGUCUGACUGGCAAAUGUCAAAAUGGGUGGUUAAGAAGUUAACAAAUAAAGCCAAACAAAAGGGUUGUGGGGAAUGAUCUCCAUGGAUACAGUCCAUCUCCAAUCACCUAUGGUCAUCUGGUGAGACCUGCAAUGGUAACAUGUAUCUUUUGGGCAACAACUAGCUUAGCUUUCUAGGAAAUGGUUUUGAACAUGAAACUUCUAAAGGAUCUGACUAAGCUUACGGACUUUGAUCAUACUGAUAUCCUUAAGGAAUAUUACUCUAUGAUGCUUAAGUAUUGCUCUAAAGGGGAGCAUUUUUCACACCAGAACAUUUCUAAGGUGGUAUCCAGUUCUGUUGCACUGCUAGUUGGAGAUAGGCAUACUGAGAAUGAAGCAUCUUAUCCAAGUACACAGGUGUACUGGCUGAAUACCCUGUCUCAGACCUGCCUUAGAAUUAAAUCCUUAGUUCAGAACGAUAUUAAAGGCAAUGGUUAUAUGCUUCUAGUUAGGACAGCUAGGUAGGACAGCUUUUUCUACAAAAAAAAAAACAUACCCAAUUCAAGACUAGAGUGCAAAAAUCAUACCCUAUUUGAGAGCAAAAUGACCCUAUUUGUUACCAAAACGGCUAAAAACUAUUUGAUAACCUUUUUGCCUAAUAUAGCCCAUACAAAGGCACACCCCCCUCCCUACUCAGUUAAUGCGUCUGACUUCAGUUUGAGCAGUUCAGGUUCAAGCCCUGGUUGAGGUCAUUGCUUUGUGUUCUUGGGCAAGAUGCUUUACAUUGACAGUGCCUCCCUCCUCCAAGGUGUAUGAAUUGGUAGCACUGAAUGAAAUGCUAGAGGAUAACCCUGUGAUGGACUAGCAUCCCAUUCAUGGAACCAUAGAAAAACAGACUGUGUUCAUGUACUGGUGGGCCAUUAUGUUUAUCACUGAAUGCAGACUUCACCUGCUACCAAGAAUACAACCAGCCAGUGCUAGAAGUGGACCAUUUACAAACACUAUUGCACCACUGUAGCACACACACCACUGUGUGGCAUUAUUUAAGAAAUAGGAAACAUGUUCCAUGUUUCCAUCGACUUAUAUUGUAACCACAAGUGGAGGUUGGGAGAACGAGAAAUGUUGUGGAAGCACCAGCCAACAGACAGUAAAACCUUGAUCCCAAUCACCUUCAAGUUUCCUCCUCCUAAGUCAUCCCAGCUUUCAGUUCCCAAUUCAAGCACAUCACUGCAAAAUAAAACACUUGCCUCAUCAUCAUCAGAGAGUGGUCCUUUGUUAGAGUUUCUACCAGCAUAUUCUGGAAAAUCUUGCUUACAGCAACAGAGGAAGUCCAGUUUUAAUAACAGUGGCUCAGAUGAUGGGAUUGAAUUGCAGAGUUUAUUUGAUGGACAACGGUUUAGUGACCUCUCAAGACAGUGUGUUUCCAGACCCAAGUUACCCAGUGAAAAGAGCAAGCUGCCACAAGAAGUAGAAGAAGUACUAAAUCCAAUGACUAAAUCACUCUGGUGUGCCAAUCCUCCUCUCAAAUGCAGGAAAAGGAAAGAGAAAGAACUUGUUUUGGAAAAACUUAAACAGACAAAGCUUAGUCAAGUAAAGGAGCUGCAUAAACUGAAUAACAAUCAACGUGGAAAAUGGAUCUUGGGUGCGAGAAACGGCUCAUCACUGAAAGGAAAGAAUUCAACUACAGAGCAGCUUUGGAAGAAAGUGUGUUCGUUGAUCAAAGAAGGCCAUCUUCCCUACUGCAAUGCAAAGCUUCAGGAAACCCAAGACCAAGUGUGGGUGUACUGUGACUUUGGACACGCAUUAAAGGUCAGAAGCACCUUAGAAAAUGCUCUUGGAAACGUUGAAGCCCUCUCUUUCUACGUCCAUCCUGUGGGAGUUGUUAUGGAGUUAUAACACAUACAACCAGUUAAAUUGCGGCUGUAAUGCUAUUGGCGCGUUUGCAAAUUUAGACGUGCGCGAUUAAAGGGGAGGUGAAUGGUUCUUCAAAAAACAUAGGUCCCACAAAAUUUUCGUCGAAUUUCACGGGUCGCACGGUCUAGUUUCUUUACUAGUUAUGUGCGUCACACAGCCUCGAUUGUUUUUUUUUUUGUUUUUUUGUUUUUUUCAGACAAGGCUGUCUCGGAGUCUCAAUUUUUUGCAAAGCUAGGAAAGUCUCCAAGUCCUGAUUUGUUUGUUUGCCUUUAUAAUUUAAGACGUCUGAACCGCUAGAGCCUAAACGUCUCGCGCUCGCAUUUAAACCACUUUGAAGUCUCGGUCUCGCAAUUAAAAAGUCCAAAUGUCUCGGGCGCGCAAAGAAAAACGCUAGUCUCUCCUACUCACAAAGUCUUGGCAGUUACCAUUUACCGCUCCUGCGAUUGACCGUCGCAAGUCAUUGGUUUCCCUCAGACACAGGAUUUUCAAUCAAAGGGUUGAAAAUAAUUGCAGUAAAUCCAGAUUUUUCUAUUGACGGAAAAAUGAAGUAAAUGGAAUUUGAAAACCGCUGCCUUUCAGCAACAGUCUAGAGUUAAAAUUUAAUCAGUCAGCAACAUUAUUUUAAUAUUUCUGGCUCACUAAAAGUCUCGCAAAAUUCCGAAGAUGAACAAAGCUAAAAUUGUGAGGUUGCCUCGCGUUCACGUGUUUUUCACUGGUGUUUUAAACUGGAUUCCUUUUAGUUUUAGCGCAUCGACAAGCUCCGUAAAGGGUAACAGAACGAAAAGCAAUCACUACGUUGUCAAUUUUUGUCGCCCUAUACGCUAGUUAGAAUUGAUAGCAUUUUCCAUAAAAUUCAGGGAGCAUUUUAGACACUUUUAGUUAAUACAGCGAUACAUAGGGUAGCAAAGGGCAGAUAUGUGCACGUGACGUGGGGGGUGGGGGGCCGGGUGUACAGGGUGAUUUCCAGAUCACGUUUCACGGAAAAUGACUUCGAACGUCACUGAUAUCGUUCACGUAACUACGGAUGUCGGCCGCAAAAGCUACGAGGCAUUGACUAACUCUGUUGGUUCCCACUCUUCACAACAAUUCAGAAGAUAGCGUUUCACGGUUCACGACAAUUUAGAAGAUACCGUUUCACCCUUUACAUCCCUCUUAAAUGUACCGUACUGUUUUACAGUUUAUUGAAAUCAUGGUUUUAAGAUCAUAAUAAAGUAUGUAUGUAUGUAUAAUUUAUUCCUUACAAUACAAUUUGAGCAGCUUAAAGUGAUAUUUAUUAGAAAAGGGUUUGGCCCUCCAGCUUUGCCCUUAUUCAAAUCUAUGCUGCUAGUUAAUCAAUUCAAAUAAUUUAUCGUUACUUUGUAUGUGGCUGGUUUCCACAUGUUACAGAUGAUAUUUAGCAAAUCUUGUACCCAGAGUCUUCAAACUUCUUGAUCAUUCGCCACUGUAGAAACGCGAAGAAGCCUGGGGCAAAUCUCGUCUCGCAGUCGCUUGUGGGAUAGUUCCUUGGGACAGUAAUGGUCCCAUCAGCCACUGCGAGAUGAGUUUUUUUUUCUGGUUUUCUGGUUCUAAAGUAGCGUUGCAAAGACCAACCGCUGAUCGAGUUGUCUGAAGAUUCAUCCAGUGUGCAAUAUUUAUUCUAGCAUAGUGCUUUUUAACUUGGAAGAAGGUAUUUAUUUAAUAUUGUUAAUCACAUUAUAAUUCAACGCAUUGUUAGUUAGAUGCGAACCCUUUGGAAUUUGUUCUCCACAUUAAAAAAAAUAAAAUAAAA